AUGGGGGGCUCAGUGACCAUCUGGUGCCGGGGACCCCCGGAGGCCUCCAAGUUUCGACUGUAUACAGUGAGGGAUUUCGAGUGGGAGUACAUGGAAGAGUCCCCGGACUACAGAGGCCAGGCCUACAUCUCUCUCCGGAACAUCAGCGUGCAUAGGACAGGGCAGUACCAAUGCUCGUACAGCAGCGCCAACCACUCCGAACAGCGCAGCAACAACCUGACCUUGGUGCUGACCGGACUGUUUCGUGCACCCUUGCUCGAGGCCCACCCGAGCCCCGUGGUGGCAUCAGGGAGAAGCAUGUCCCUGUUCUGCAGCACCCCGAAGAACAAGACUGGCACCUUCUACCUGCUGAAGGAGGGGGACUCUGAACCUCGACAACUGGAGCCUCAAUUUUCUCAGGGGAGAUGCUACCUUUCUGCCCAGUCCCAGCCCUACAUACAGUCUCUGCCGAGCACCCCUCUGCGCCUCCAGGUCACAGGAAUGUUCAACCCUCCAUCCCUGUCAGCACAGCCAGGCCCCCUGGUGCAGUCUGGAGACAAGCCGAGCCCCGACUUCUCCCUUGGCCAUGUGAGCUCCUCCCACAAGGAUCAGUACCGCUGCUUUGGGGGAAAAGGCCUCGACUUCCUUUGGUCAGAGCCCAGUGAGCCACUGGACAUCCUGGUGGCAGGGACAGGGAUGGGCAGCAGCCCUGAGCUCUGGGCACUGCCUGAGCCACUUGUGCCUGCGGGAGAGGAUGUCACACUGCUGUGUCACAUGGCCAAUAUCGCCGACACCUUCUACCUGGCCCAUGAAGGCCGAACCCCUGCACCCAUCCAGGAUGGCACCUACAGGUGCUCCAGCUCCAACAGCUCCGCCCCCCACCUGCUGUCCCCACCCAGCCAACCCCUGCAGCUCCAGGUCUCAGACUACACAGUGCAGAACCUCAUCAGGAUUGGCGUAGCGGGCUGUGUCCUGCUGCUUCUAGCCCUUCUGCUGUUCGAGGCACAUCACAGUCAGACCAGGUUCCCGUCUACAGCCACGAGAUGACAACCAGGAUCUGACAACU